AUGUCUGCUGAAGAAUUCAAAGCUCAAGGAAACGCCGCGUUUGCUGCGAAGGACUACGAGAAGGCCAUUGAUAGUUUCACCAAGGCUAUCGAAGUUUCGCCUACUCCUAACCAUGUUCUCUACUCUAACAGAUCUGCUUGUUAUGCCUCUUUGAAGAAGUACGAGGAAGCUCUGAAAGACGCUGAGGAAUGUGUCAAGAUCAAUCCAACCUGGGCCAAAGGUUACAACCGUGUGGCUGCUGCCGAGUACGGACUGGAGAAAUUGGACGAUGCCAAGAAGUCUUAUGAAAAGGCUCUGGAGCUUGAUCCUUCCAAUGCGAUGGCCAAGAGCGGACUGGACGCUAUUACGGACGCCAAGAUGGCCGAGGGCGACCCAACUAUGGGUAUGGCCAAGAUUUUCUCGGACCCUAAUUUAAUCGACAAGCUUAAGGCCAAUCCGAAGACCGCUGAAUUGAUGAAAGAUCCUGCUCUUGUUGAGAAGGUGAAGAAGCUGCGCACCAAUCCUGCCUCGUUGAGCACCGACAUGUUCACCGACCAGAGACUGAUGACUGUUUUGGCUGCUAUUCUCGGCGUCGACAUGAGCGGGGCUCCUCCUGCUCCCGAGCCAACUGGGUCAGCAGAGCCAGCUGCUGCCGACGUUGAGAUGAAGGACGCUGAGCCAGCCAAGACCGCCGAGCCUGUUCCUGAGCCGGCUCCAGAACCAGUGAAGGACUCAAAGGUCGAGGCAGACGGCUACAAGGCCGAGGCCAACGCUUUGUACAAACAGAAGAAAUUUGACCAGGCCAUUGAGCUCUACAACAAGGCCUGGGAAACUCACAAGGAUAUCACCUACUUGAACAACCGUGCUGCUGCCGAGUUCGAGAAGGGCGACUACGACGCCGCCAUCCAGACAUGCAAAACUGCCGUUGAAGAGGGAAGAGAGAUGCGUGCCGACUACAAGCUGGUUGCCAAGUCUUUUGCCAGAAUCGGAAACUCGUACUUGAAGAAAGACGAGCUGAAACUUGCUUGCGAGUUCUUUGAGAAGUCUUUGACGGAGCACAGAACGCCUGAGGUGUUGAACAAGCUCAGAGCCACGGAGAAGGAGGCCAAGAAGAGGGAGGCCGAGUCUUACAUCGACAAGGACUUGGCUGAAAAGGCAAGACUCGACGGAAAGGAGGCUUUCACCAAGGGAGAUUGGCCAGGAGCUGUGAAGGCCUACACUGAGAUGAUCAAGAGAGACCCAUCUGACGUGAGAGGAUACUCCAAUAGAGCAGCCUCGUUGGCCAAACUCAUGUCUUUCCCAGAUGCCAUUAGGGAUUGCGAGACAGCCAUCAAGCUUGACCCUACUUUUGUGAGAGCAUACAUCCGUAAGGCCAACGCGGAGCUCGCUAUUAAGGAAUACAGAAAGUGUCUUGAGACGCUAGCGGGAGCCAGAGAGGCCGAAUUGAAGAACAACUCGACGGCCAACUUGAACGAGAUCGAGUCGUUGACCCAGAAGGCCAACAGUCUUAGAUUUGCUCCGUUGGACGGCGAGACUUACGAGGAGACCAUGGCCAGAAUUCAAAAGGACCCGGAAGUGGUGCAGAUUUUGAGCGACCCUGUCAUGCAGACCAUCUUGCAACAGGCCCAGAACAAUCCCGCCGCUUUGCAGGAACACAUGAGAAACCCAGACGUCAGCAGAAAGAUCAUGACGCUGAUGGCUGCCGGAAUCAUCAGAACUCGUUAA